AUCCUAAAACCAUGAAAACUCCUGUCUAACGCCAAAGGAGUUGCUACCUAUCAAUUAUCAAAGCAACCCCCAAACGCAACAAGAGAUUCGAGCACUUUUCUUUUUUCCUAAUUUUAUAAUAAACACAUCGUCAGCAAAGCGAGCCUUACAAACCAAGCAAUUAUAAACCUUCCACUUGAGUCCCCAGCUGAGAAGCUCACCCUUUCACUGUGCUGUGUUUAUUUGUGUUUUUCUCGGCCGCACGUUUCAUCAACUCACAGAUAUAUCUAUUCUUCAGUUCCCAGUUCCAAAUUUGAAGCCGAACCCAUUGAACCAUGCCUUGAUUACACGCUAAUUACCAUGUCUAUAUGGUUAGAAAUUGUGGGAUUAUAAUCAAAAUCCGAAACUAGAGAGAAAACCCAACCCAAUAACGGUAACAACGAGAAAAGCCGCAUAGCUAUGCUUCCUCUGCCUCCCAUUGAUCUCAAAGAUGUUCAGCAAAAGCUCGCCACGCAUUUCAGGCCUUGGCAACGCUCCCUUCAGUUCUGGGCUCGGGCUGUUGAUAUCUACACUGGCUACAAGGUGUUUCAGCUUCGAGUGAUUUUGGUGAAGGAUGUGAAGAAACAAGAGGAAAUGUGGGAAAGGCAGCAUGAAGUUGCCGCUGAGAAGAUAUAUGCUAUGUGCUCAGACCUCGGCGGUUUCUUCCUCAAGGUUGCCCAAAUCAUCGGGAAGCCCGACUUGGCCCCAGCGGCAUGGGUGAAAAGGCUUGUUACGUUGUGUGAUCAUGCUCCUGCAACCCCAUUUGAUGCUGUUCAACUUAUGCUGGAGACAGAGUUGGGUCGAAAUGUUGGUGAGGUGUUCGAAAGAUUCGAUGUGGAUCCUCUAGGCUCUGCUUCAAUUGCACAGGUUCACCGAGCAAGAUUGAGAGGUGAUAAGACUGAUGUUGUUGUCAAGGUGCAACAUCCUGGAGUUCAGGAUCUAAUGAUGACAGAUAUUCGUAACUUGCAAGCUUUCGCUUUAUGCAUACAAAAGACAGAUAUCAAAUUUGAUCUAUACUCUGUAACUAAGGAAAUGGAGAAACAGAUUGGAUACGAAUUUGACUUCAUGAGGGAGGCUAAUGCUAUGGAAAAAAUUAGACGUUUUUUGUAUGAGAAUAACAAAAAGAGUGUUUUGGUGCCAAGACUGAUGCGAGAUAUAGUCACUAGGAGAGUCUUAGUUAUGGAAUAUAUCGAUGGAGUUCCAAUUCUGAAUCUUGGUGCUGAAAUUGCGAAAAGAGGAAUAAAUCCUGGUGGUAAGAUUGCAGUGGCCGCAAAGCAGAAAAUCCUCCAAAGUUUGACACUAGCAUAUGGACAAAUGAUUUUGAAGUCAGGUUUCUUCCAUGCAGAUCCUCAUCCAGGAAAUAUCCUAAUCUGUAAAGGCUCAGAGGUUGCGUUGCUGGACUAUGGCCAAGUGAAAGAUCUACCAGAUGAGUUGAGACUUGGUUAUGCAAGCCUUGUUCUCGCCAUUGCUGAUGGUGACCCUAUUAGAGCAUCAGAGAGCUACAGGGAGCUUGGCAUAGGAACCUUAAGCAAAUGUGAAAAUGAACAGCAUGAAUUGUUAAGGUUGGCAGAGACAAUGUUUGACACGAAAUUGCCCCCUGGAGUGACGAUGCUGCAGCCUUUUUCUGAGGAAUCUUCAAUUAAAAAAAUUGCAGUUGAGACUUUCCCAGAAGAAUUGUUUUCUGUACUUCGGACAGUGCAUCUGCUGAGAGGACUUAGUGUUGGUUUGGGAAUCAACUACUCAUGUGCAGAACAAUGGAGACCCAUUGCAGAAGAAGCUUUGUUUCGUGCUGGGAGGUUAACAGGUAAGGCUGUCAAGGCUAGACGUCGUAGGCGGGGUUUAUCAAGGUUAUUUUGGAGAGACUGAUUAUCUUGUAAGAAGAAGUAGCUUUUUGCUGAUCAGGAGGAACCUCCUUUGCUUCCAAAAUUGGUUUUAGUGAUGAGUCGUUUUCUAAUUGUCCGAUUAAUGUUAAACAUGGAGAAGGAAACUUCAAGUCAUCCACCGGCGUAUAUUCUUUCCUUUUGGCAUCGUUUUAUUUUGCCACAAGUUGCUCAAUUUCUUUGAGCUAGUGCUGUUUUCUGUUUUAAGAUGUUCAAAAAAAAAUCUCAGUUGGCUUAUUUUAACGAGAAUGAUUAGAAUGGCUACAACUCUCUUUGGUCUUUCUUCGUUCUUCAAGAAUUGGCUUCCAUAUACUUGCCUCAAUUUACUAUUAUCUCAUUUUAAUACAGCUUCGAAAUCAAAUUCAAAAUUUAGCGACUGAAAUAAAAGCAGCUCCCCUAGGCUUUCUGGUAGCCCAAAGAGAACAAAACCCACCCAAAAAAAAAAAAAGAAGAUUAUUUCCACACAGAAUUUAGAUUAUUUUUCCUCUUAUUAACCUCAAAAUGAAAAAAAAGCAAAACUGCAAUGGGUAUGGACAUUUUAGGUCAGGCGGACAUUGGGCCGGAGCCCAAAGUGAAAGAGUUCAAAGCACGCUUCCCGCCCUUUCUUUGAGUCUUUGCCGCGCCCAUCCUCACUUUUGUCUCCUCCUCCCACUCUUUUAUCAAAGUGAGGUGGAUAUCGGAUGGUUCAGAUUUCAGAUCUGUGCGUGUGUGUGGGUGUGGUCGAGAGAGAGAGAGAGAGUCAAAAUGUUUGGGAAAGUAAGAGCGUCUUCUUGUCCGGCCGAGAGCCUGGAGAGACCGCCGUCCAAGAUUCUCAAAGACGAUUCUCUCUCCAUCUACGAGGCUACACUUAUGAAGCUUAAAUUGGGUUCUAAACGCAAUUUGAGUCCAUGCUCCAAUGAGGUUGUAGGGGAGAUAUAUAACGGUUCUACUUCAAGCUCUUCCAAUUCGGAGCCAAUAAAGAUAGAUUUGAACUGUGCUUCUGCAGCGGCUUCUCGGGGUCAUACAGAGGUGGCCAGCUCUCCCCAGGAGCAGGAGGAGUUUAUGACAUUAGACACAGAUUGUUCUUCAGUAACAAGUUCUACAAGUUCUACUGAUUGCCAUUCUUUGGGUACCUCAAAACAGCAACGUAGUACAAACGUUUCAGUUCUCUACCUGUUUUCUAAAUUUAAGAGAGCUCAAGAGGAUAUCUGCUCAUCCUCUGGAGAUGCAAUGACAAAAGAGAGUGCUAGUAUUUCUCCAAGUUGUAGCGGUUGCCAAUCUCUUAACAGCACAGAACAACGUUUGGAAAUGGAAUGUGUCAACUCUUUACCUGCUAGUCACAUAUGCAUGCUCUGAGCUGGGUUUAUAAAAUUGGCUUUGGGUUGUGCCUGAUUUGGCACUGGGAAUCUGAUGUGGUCUUUGUGUUUUAUUGAUCAGUUGAAAGCCAAUUUUUUGUUGUAAUUUUAUAAUCCCAAUUAUGAGGGAAUGCUUAAUGUAUGGGAAAUUAUGUCAGCCAUUAGCAAGCAAAGAUAUGCGAUGAAGUUUGUGUUUCGUUUU